AUGGAGGGAUUUCGCCGGCGGUUCGAGUCUGCACUCCGUCUACGUCGCGACUAUGAUAUGCCGAAUCAUAUAUCCACAACGAUUCGAGAUUAUAUCGCGAAUGAUCUUAAAGAAACUGUCCCACUUUGCGAGGAUGAAAUGCCCAAAGACUCUGUAUCGCCUAAUGAUCUCAUGAUUAUUCUAACACACCUCUGGUGCCGUGAUUUCAAAGAGUACCGCGGGAAAUACCCUGACAGGUCGCGAGUCCAGCUUAGCGCCUCUUUGCUGUUAUACUGUUUUACGUCAGCGAGGACUGGGGAGGUGCAUGAAUCUACAGCUCGUCGAGAACUGUCACGGAAGAAGACGAGCUUGAGUACCAGUCAUGGCGGUGAUGAUGGUGAUCUUGAAGCUCGUGUUCUAGCAGCAUGUUAUAAGCACUUUAUACUUACUAUUGAGUGGGUGGACGGUAUCAAGAUGCUCGUCCUCACAUAUUCCCGUGUCUAUGUAAAAGGCUACUGGAAGAAAAAGAGAUGGCAGCUCCCAAUUCAUGGGUUCUAUGAAAUAUAUAAAACGGAGGCUCCUCUUUUUUUCAAUCUCUUGACGUUCUUUCUCCCCAUGGCAUGCGCAGAUCGCGUCUUCAUGGACUAUACGUCUGUUGGUGAGAUCAUGGAUGCAGCUGAAAACAUGCAGGGUGACAAUGAUGAGAAAAUAAUUGCUAAACUCGAACUCAGACCAGAGAUGGAAAACAUUCCCAUCUUUCGGCCAUACGAUGAGCAGGCAGUUGAGGAUUCUACUGGUCGGUCUCGCGGAGCGGAUUCUUUUGGUAAAGAACUUGCAGAACUUGGACAUCGUGCAGGCUAUACAGAAAAUAUUACAGGGCGUGCCUGCCGCCGAUGGGCACUGAUGGAAGCUGGUAAGUAA